AAAGCGGUCCACUAGCCAAACUGCAGAGAGACAGGCUUGUCUCUUCCUCUGUUCUCAUCUGUUAUCUGCCAACAACAGUCUCUCGUCCUAUAUCUUCACAAAACUCUUAACGGGCUACUCCCUUUUAUCUCCCUCACUCCGGUGAUCACUUCUUCUGUUCUGCUUUUGCUGUGUUUCACAAAUAAAUAUGCUGAAGCCUCUUUGCCUUUCUUAUUGGAUAACUUUCCUUUCUUAGAUAUUUGUCAUUCCUUCACCCUUCAAACAUUUACUUGCUUCUUCUUGGAUUUUGCAAUCUCUUGAAAUUUUGGUGUUUUCUUUGCUUCUGCAAGGGUUUUAUAUUGGUUACUAGGGUGUUCUUGUUUCUAAAUUAUUAAGUUUGGUGUUUUUGGCUUUCUCUCUCUCUCUCUCUCUUUUUUUUUUAAAAUAAUUUCGGAACUUUUUAAGGCCUUUUCCUUUCAGGGUUCAGGGUUUUGAAGCUCUUUCCAUACAUAGAGGAGACUCUUCCUUUGUUCUCGCCAAUUCAACCUAAAAGGUUAAUUUUGAGCUUUCUUGAAUUUGGUUAUGUGCUAUUUCUUCUCUUUUCUUUAGAUUCUGCUUCUACUAUUUUAUUCUUCCACUGGGUUUUCUUUGAAACUAUUUCAUGCUUUUGGUACCCUAAAUUUUAAUUCUCCUGUUUUUCCCCUUUGAUUAGAAUCAUAGCUUGAAAUUCAGCUGAAUUUCAGGUUCUUAAACCUUAAAUUCCUCUUCUGCCAAUCUUCCACCAAAAAAAAAAAAGUGUUUUUUGAGCUUUUCUUUGUAGUAAAUCCAAUUGAUUUUGCCCUAUUGUUUUGAUUUUUUUUAGUUUGAAAUCUCUCCUUUUAGAUCUUAAAAUUCUAGAAGUAGACCAUAAAGUGACAUAAAACUUCUUUACUGCUAUCUACAAAAAUGUCUUCAUGUUUAAGUGGAGGUGGAAGAACUUAUGCAUUAGACUUAGACAUCAUAAAAUCUCCAUCUUCUUCAACAAGAACUUCACACACUUCUUCACCUUCUUCAACUCUCUCAGAAUCAAGCAUCUCCCCAUUAGCAAUCUCCACUCGAAAGCCAAGAACCCCCCGCAAACGCCCGAAACAAACUUACAACGAAGCCGCCGCCCUCCUCUCUACGGCCUAUCCCAAAAUUUUCUCCACAAAACACUUGACCAGUCCUAGUAAAUUCACCAGCCUUCACCAAUCUUUCUUCGAUGAAUCCUCAGAAUUGUUGUUGCCAUUUCGCGUUUUCGACCACUCAGGUUUUAUGCUUCACCAACCAAUUCAAGACAAACCCAGAUUCUCAUUUGAGCGAAAAGUCACAAAUUCUUCUGACAAGCCUUGUCAGAGUAAUGGUAAUGGUGAAGUUGACUUCCAAGGGAAUUCCAAUUCCAUAGGGGUAUCCAGUGAAUUCGACGAAGAUUUUGAUGCUGAGUCCAUUCUUGAUGAAGAAAUCGAGGGGGGAAUCGAUAGCAUUAUGGGGAAUUUGAGAGUCAACAACGAUGAUUCUAAUGUUAAUGUUGCUUCUCAAAAUUAUCAAGUUAACAAUUCUUGGUAUGCUAAUCCAAUGGGGUUUGGAUUUGGCGGGAAACUGCAGUUCGGAAUCGGAAUGGGAAUGAGAAGAGGAGUAAAGGCAUUGAGAAAUGUUGAUGAAGGAAAUUGGUGGAGUUUUCCAACAGUGGAUGUUCUUCAAAUCUCCCCAAAAUUCAACAACAACCAUCACCACCAGAACGGUAACAGUAACAGAAAGGGUUCAAUUGAGAAAAAGAAAAAGAAGAGGGUUGAAAAAGUUAAGGAAAAAGUCGCCGUUGAGUCCAAGAGUUUGGAAUUGUGUUCGGAUUCACCUCAAGAAAAAUCGAUUCCUAAACCCAAUUCGGCAGAAUUACUGUUGAAACUGAAAUACGAGGACGUACUGAAUGCUUGGUCUGACCGUGGUUCGCCGUUUUUAGAUGAAACUUUGGGCACCGAUGUUCAAGGAAAUGAUGUCUCUGCCAGGCUGGCGCAGAUUGAUUUAUUCUCUGAUAGCGGAGUGAGGGAAGCUAGCGUGUUACGCUACAAGGAAAAGCGGCGUACACGUCUUUUCUCUAAGAAGAUCAGGUACCAAGUCAGAAAAGUCAAUGCUGAUCAACGGCCCAGAAUGAAGGGACGCUUUGUGAGGCGCCCAAAUUCUACCACCACUGCUCAAGAGGAAAAGCAGAGAAAGAAAGUAAUGCUUUCUGAUUUGUGAACAUCAAACUUUUUUUUUUUUUUUUUUGGGGUCUUUGCUGCUUUUUUUCUUUCUUUCUUUCCAUAUUUGUUUCUCCAACACUAGAAAGCUAAAGAGACAGGAGAUCAGUUAAACAGAGUGAUGAGAAAUAGGCAUUCAAAUUUUUGUUUA